AUGAACGGGCACGGCGAGAAGGAGGAACGACCGAAUGGGGACGUUGCGGGCGCUGAGGACGCGGCCGCGGUCCAGCGAUCGUGGGCCGCGGCGUUCUGGCAGCAGCUGUGCGCCCUGCUGCGCAAACACUGGCUGACGAGAUCCCGCGCCCGGCAGGUCAACGUGCUGCAGCUGAUCCAGGCUCCGCUGUUCAUGUUCGUCGUGUGGGUCAUCGUGAGGAGCAUCCUGCAGUCCAACCGCCUCACGCCGGGCAUCCAGGACAACCCGAAUCCUCCUGCCAAGCCGAUCGGCGGGAUACCGGACUGCACCUCGAACGUGUAUCUGCGGCGCGACCGCGCGUGCCUGGACUUCAUUUACUCCCCCGCCGGACACCCCUUCGUCGAGGACCUCGUGCGCGACAUCCGGCGCGCCAACCCCGGCGCCGCCAUCCCCGAGGAGCGCGUCCGCGGCGUGUCUGACAUGUGGGCGGCGGACGACUUCCUACUGGCCAACUGGGGGACUGUUCUGGGGGGGCUGCACUUCGUCCUCCCGGACGACCUCGCGGGGCUGCAGCCCGGGGACGCGUACAACGCGUCCGCCGUCCAGGACGUCGGCUUCGUCGUGCAGACGAACAGCACGACUCAAUGGUUCAAGGGCCAGUUUCAGCACCCGAACUCGUACGCGCAGCUGCCGCUGCAGCUCGCGGCGGAGUCGGCGCUGUACCGCGCCAUGACGGGGCAGCACGGGGCGGACGGCGAGGCGCACCAGCCGUUCAAGAUCGCUCUGGCGGAGUUCCCGGCGCCGGUGUUGGUGACGGGGAACAUCGAGGGGCAAACGGCGCCGAUCUUCGUGUUCGCGAGCGCCAUGUUCAACCUGGUUAUCGUGCUGUACGGCGUCGUGCAGGAGCGCCACCUCGGCCUGCGCUCGGCGAUGCGGGACAUGGGCCUGCUCGACAGCGCCUACUGGGCGUCGUGGUGGAUUGCGGAGUCCGCGUACGCGGUCCUGUCCGCGUGCCUGAUCGUCGCGCUGGGCCACGCCUUCUCCUUCUCCAUCUUCACCGGCAACUCCACCGCGCUCGUGCUCCCGCUCGUCGUCCUGUACUACCUGGCCGUCGUGGCCUUCGGCUUCCUGCUCGCGACACUGCUGCGCAAACCGGGCGCCACCGUGCCCGUCGGGUUCGUCGCGUUCUUCCUCGGCUGGAUCAUGAUCGUGGUCGUCAACCUCUUCGCGACCACGGGCAUCACGAGCCUCCCGCGCGCCGCCCUCGGCGUCCUGUUCGCCUUCCCAUGGACGGUGCUCGGCAAGUCGUUUGUGGACCUCGACGAAGCAGCCUCGGGAUCCGGCGCCAGCGGCGGCCUCACCUGGGCCAACCGCAUCUCGUACUGCGUCUCCGACGCCCCCACGGUGGACAUGCUCGCCGGAAUGGACGCCCAGGGGACAUACGUGUCGACGCAAUGCGUCCUGCCGGUCGGCGACGCGCUCUGGGUGCUCGCGGUGCAAGCUGUCGGGUUCCUCGUGCUCUCGCUGUACCUGGACAACGUCCUGCCGGACCAGUUCGGCAUGCGGCGGGGGCUGUUCUACUUUCUCCAACCGUCGUACUGGCGUGAACCGGAAGGGACCGCGCGCUCCCGCGCGGCCGGCCGCGCGGCGCUGCGGGACGCGGGGGAGCGCGAGGCUCCGAAGGACGCGGCCGUCGCGCGCGAGGAGGCGCGGAUGCAGGCGCGGUGCCGUGCGUACUGCAGGGGCCCGCUGGCGCCGAGCGCUGAUGAUGCGAGCGCGGGCGCGGGGCGGAACACGGCCGAGGCGCCGGUGAUCGAGCUGUUCGGACUGUCGAAGGAGUACUCCGUGCGCGCAAAGGGCCAGCGUUCCACGAUGCGCGCCGUCGACGGCACCUGGCUCGGCGUCCAGUCGGGCACGUGCUUCUGCCUCCUUGGCCACAACGGCGCAGGGAAAACAACAACCAUCUCAUGUCUGACCGGCGCCAUCGCUCCGUCGUCCGGCGACGCUCUCGUCCACGGGGAGUCCAUCCUCACGCCUGCGCUCUCGCACAUCCGCUCCGCCAUGGGCGUGUGUCCCCAGUUCGACGUGCUAUGGGCCACGCUCACCGGCGACGAGCACCUAAAGCUCUUUUCAGCGAUCAAAGGCGUGCCGCGGCGCCUCUGGACCACGGAGGCCGCGCGCCUGCUGGCCCUCGUCGGCCUCGAGCGCGCCGCGCGGCAGUACGCGGGCGGGUACUCUGGCGGCAUGCGGCGGCGUCUGUCGGUUGCCGUGGCGCUGCUGGGGUCGCCCAAGGUGAUCUAUCUCGACGAGUGCACGACGGGGAUGGAUCCUGUGUCGCGGCGGCACGUGUGGGAGCUGAUUCACCGCGUCAAGAAGGGCCGGGUCGUCAUCUUGACGACACACUCGAUGGAGGAAGCUGAUGUGCUUGGCGACACGAUUGCCAUCAUGGCGCGCGGACGGAUCCGCGCGCUCGGGUCGUCGCUGGAGCUGAAGGGCGCGUAUGGCUCCGGGUUCGCCGUCUCCGUGGUUCUGAAGCCCCCCGGCGAGUCAGGGGGCGGAGGCAACGUUGCCGCUGACGUGGGCGCCGUGGUGGCGCGGGCGAUGGGCGGCCUGAAGCCGACCGAGUCGAGCGCGCGGCUCGUGCGGUACCACGUGCCCGCAGGGAUGCAGAGCGACCUGCACGAGCUCGUCCGAGUCCUGGAGGAACAGCCGCAAGUCAACGAUGUUCAAAUCUCGAUGGCGCCGCUGGAGGACGUCUUUUUGGCGGUCACGCGGCGUGCAGAGCUCGAGGCAGCGCAGGACGCGGGCGACAUGGCCGACGCGUGGCUCCCAGCCGUGGAGGGGGUGUCUGGUGACACCCCCGGGGGAGCUGCGGUGCCCGGGACGCGCGUCAGGGUGCGUGUCGGGGAGGAGCGCGUGCGCGGGCCCGACGGGACGGUGUAUGGGCUCACGUGGGGCCAGGACGAGAUGGGGCAGCUCAAGCUGCACGACGUGGCGCCCCUCAGCGCUCAACAGCUGUCAGCAAUGCAACAAGACCCCUCCGGUGGCGUGAAAGACGCCGUCGCCGCGGGAGGCAGUGCGGCGGCGUGUGCGCUCCCGGUCUCGUCUCAGCCGCCGCGGCGCGACUCGGACACCCCCCCUGCCUCGCGGUGGUGGCAGCGGGCGCACGCGACGUCGCCGAAAGUGCGCCGCGGGCGUGCCGGACGGCCCCCGCCGGUCCGGGUCGGAACGCUGAAGCAGCACAUCCCUCCGACGGCGUCGAACGUCGCGGCGCUGCCGAUUCCGGCCCCGCCUGUGCCUGCGGCCACCCCGAUGGGGGAGCGCGCGGACAACAGGUUCGAAGACGCGGCGGUGGUGCCCGACGACCCCCCCUCGAGCCCCGGGACCCCUGUGGCGCAGACGCAGAGGUCGGGUGCGCUGCACAGGAUGCGGUCGGCGACGACGAGCAGCAUUGCGGGAGUGAUGCGGGCCAUCAACGGCCGCAGGAUCGGCAACGUUGGCGAGGGCGGCGCUGCGCAGGACGUGCCCGGGGAGGCCGGUCCGAGCGGGCCGUGA